AUGCCCACUGGAUCCCGCUCCUCCUCCGCCUUCGGAACACGCUUAAAAUCAGUCUACAGCAGGUCUCGCACUCUGGUAUACAAAUUCCUGUCCUCCCACGCGCAGCAUUACACAGUUCUAGUGCUCGUCUCCUGCGAUCUACUAGCUAUCUUCGCCGAUAUAAUUAUAAACCUGUACCAAUGCGACAAUCUGGAAAUGUCGCACGGCUUGGAUCAUCGCUUGCAGCAUGCUCGUGACAGCCUAGCUAUAGUGGGCCUUGUAUUCUCCUGCAUCUUCCUGCUAGAGCUGAUGUUGAGCUUUUGGAUUUUUGGAUUUAGGUAUUUCAAAUCAUGGUUCCGGUCAUUCGAUGCCGCGGUCAUCGUUGCUAGUUUUGUCAUUGAUGUGGUGCUACGUGGUGUUCUUGGAGAGGUUGCUUCCUUGGUGAUUAUCCUGCGUUUCUGGCGCUUCUUUAAGAUUAUUGAGGAGUUUAGUCUUGCUUCGAAAGAGAACGCCGAGGAGUUGGAAGCAAGGAUUCAUGAGUUAGAGAUUAAAAACGAAAAGUUAAAGGAGGAGAUUAAGAAGCAGAGGGGUACGGUUGAUGAGGAAAAUAGCAUUGGCUUUCAAAGCGGCAGUGUGCAACGGAGCUGA